GUGUUUGGAACCACAGGGUAGUUAAUGGGGACGCGCGAGACCGACAGAGAUCUAAAUAAUAUAAGGCUGUUGCCCUUGUCACAUGAGCUUUUCACUCUCUCUCGCUCUUUCCGACACGCAGCUCUUUCUUUCCAUCAAAGCCCACAGUAGUCUCAAAUCAACACUCCAUCUAAUUCCUUCUUCAGUUCUUAUUCUUCUCUUUAAAGAUUGCCUUUGUUGAUCAAAGUAGAUGGGGCGGAAGAAAAAGAACAAGCGGCUUCCGAUGUUCAAAGAACUCAAUAAGAAAGCAAUCGAUUGAUGUAGUGGUUUCUCCCAGUGUUCCAGUGAAAAGAGUUGACGGUUAUUGUUUGGAUUCAAGGAUUACAACGGAGAUUCUGUCAAUUACACAGUGAAUGAUAUAUUCUUCAGGUGCUCAUGGCAUCUACGAUGUUGUAUGAUUUUUGUUUACCUUAAUUUGUAUCAUGGAGGCACUUGGGAAGAAAAGGAAGGGAUUGGAAAUUUUGCGGUUAAGUUGCAAUUCUUUGAAAAAAUUAACCAUUUGGUCUCACUUGUCAUUGGCAAGCAGCUCAAGGCACAAAAAGAAGUGUAAGGAAGAUGAUAUUAAAGAAGUUAGUUCCAGUAAAAAUGUAUUUCAAGGAAUAGUUACUGCUCCACCUUGUAGGAGCACCAGCCCGAACCCACCUGCAAGGGGUCUUAAGAGAAAAAUUGGGUGUAUUGAUGCUGCAACUCAAAUGGGUAGGAAGAAGAAGAUUGAUCAGGAUUAUGAGCUGGGUGUGAUAAUUGGGAAAGGGAAGUUUGGGUCAGUGACGUUGUGUCGGAAUAAAGUGAGUGGAGAGCAGUUUGCAUGCAAGACAUUGCGGAAGGGUGAGGAGCUUGUAUAUCAGGAGGUGGAGAUAAUGCAGCAUCUCUCUGGUCAUCCUGGCAUUGUAACAUUAAGGGCAGUGUAUGAAGAUGCAGAAUCAUUCUAUCUUGUGAUGGAGUUCUGUUCUGGAGGACGGUUGCUUGAUCAGAUGGCUAGGGAAGGGAAUUAUUCAGAGCAUCGAGCGGCUAAUAUACUGAAGGAACUGGUUUUGGUCAUCAAGUACUGCCAUGAGAUGGGAGUCAUUCAUCGUGAUAUAAAACCCGAGAACAUCCUGCUUACUAGUUCAGGACAGAUGAAGCUUGCAGACUUUGGCUUAGCUGCGAGGGUGUCUAAUGGUCAGAGCCUGGCAGGUGUGGUUGGCAGCCCUGCUUAUGUUGCUCCCGAAGUCUUGAUCGGUGAUUACUCAGAAAAGGUUGAUAUCUGGAGUGCCGGUGUCCUCCUCCACGCACUUUUGGUUGGCAUGCUUCCAUUUCAGGGUGAUUCAGUGGAGGCAAUUUUUCAGGCUAUCAAGAAGGUGAACAUCAACUUUGAGACUGGAGUAUGGGAAUCAGUCUCUCAACCUGCCCGAAAUCUGAUUGCUGGCAUGCUGACAAGGGAUGUUUCUGCAAGGCUAACUGCUGAUGAAGUAUUAAGACACCCGUGGCUUUUGUUCUAUACAGAACAAACAUUGGAGACUUCAACAUUCAAGUCAAAAACGAGAAACCGUGUAAAACUGACUUCCAAACAACUGACUGCUAUAACUGGAGUGGAGUCAGAGAGAAACAAGACAAUUGCCAGCAGCUUUCUCAGUGAUGACUCUUGCCUAAAUUCAUCAUCGGAUAGUUCGAGUAGGAGGUCAGAAGAGCAGGAAUGUGGAUUGGUUGAUGCCCUUGCAGUGGCCAUUUCACGUGUGAGAAUAUCUGAACCAAAGAGAAGUAGGCUUUGCAGCCCCAACAGCCCAAUCCGACAACAGUGUUCCUCUAACAUGAAGCUUAAUAAUCUCUGUGCAGCGUUUUGAGUUGGCUGUAUAAACCAUAACCCACUGACACAGCCGCCACCUGUACCCAUUGUGGGGUUACUUAAAAUCACUAGAUUUUUUUGCCCCUUCUGUAAUAAAAAACAUCUAGGCUUAGCUGUGAAGAAACAAGGCUAAUAACCAGCUGACCCUUUACCUGGAACCAAGAGGUAAUGUCUAAACAAUUGGGUUGGCCUGACAUGUCGGAAAAUGUGUAAUUGUUUGUAUAUCUUCUUAUGUGGAUAGAAAUUGUGUUAUUUUGGUUUGCCUUUA